AUGCGCAGUAACAGAUGCUUACAGAUCUACACAUCGCCCCAGAUACGCACCGGAUACCGCCUGAUUCCAUGGCCAACCGGAGCCCAGCCACUGUCCAGUACCAUGAGAGGGACUUCAAGGGCCCAUUUUGAUUCAAAUGCACGUGAUCAAGACGGCGACAUUUUCCCUCUGAUCCCACAAGCUCCGAGGUCGAUACCGGCUCUGGCUGCAGACGGGACUCGAAUGAAGCGGGACAACCCUUCAUCUUUUGUAAGACGAACUCGUUACGUUUCUCAAGAUGCCCUAAUCACUUCGGAUGAUUUGGACAAUUUCACACAUUUGAAGUUCUCUGAGCCAAAGUUGUGCCGAUCCAUGAAUAUGGAUACUUUUGGCGCCUCGUCAAGGCAUGGAAUUCAUACAAACACUUUUCUUCGCCUACACCAGACGCCGAAUAAUUUGGCUACAUAA